ACACAGCUUUGGAAUGACAUGCAAACACGCAUGGACUGGGGACACUACACCACCACACCCAUCGUGGAUGCUGGUUACAUGGAGUGUCUCGCUCACAUGGGUAGGUUUGAGGAAGCCAUGACCAUGUUUGCGUCUUGUUCGAGGGCACUGGGUGAAAGCAACUCAUCGGAAAUUAAAGACGAGAUGAACUUCUUCCAAUACCGGUCCCAGAGUACAUUACAUCUCGUCCGUGAGUACUCGGAUAACCCCGAGCUGCAGUCAAUCGCGGGCCAACUCGAGUCAACCUUAUUUGUCGACAACUGGCAGCGGCACAAGGGCUCUGUAACAGAGUCCACACACUCGUGGCGGUACAAAUUUGGUUCACAUCCGCACCACCGCACAUUUUGGGACACGCAAGCGCAGAAAUGGUCCAAAACACCCGCCGAAGGGGCCAUGGACGAGGCUGCAGGUGUGGGGGAUGAGGAGUCAAUUCCGCGUACCGGGUUUAAGACUCCGUUACAGGAGUUCGUGUACACAGGCGGGGUGAACGAUGGGGAGAGGCAUGAGGACUCCGAGACAGGCGUACGGCCGAGGGUGGAUGUGCACGACGAUUUACAGUGGGAUAUACAGGACACAGAUAUCACUGAUUUACCUUUAUGUGGCGACACGCACGGUGCAAUGGCAUCAGCAACACACCAUAAUAUACACAGCCACACAAACACAGACAGCGACGCACGCGCAACCGCACUACUCACUAUUGUGCGCGCACACAAACCCACAGCCAUACCCCAGCGUACGAAAAUCAGAGACAUCAAAUACAAACCUUACUCCAGGCGCGUAUUGGCCCAGAACCCGAAUGUUGAUGGCAGGGCCCACUCGCGCCGGGUGGAGAAGAGUGAACAGCAAGAAAGGGCGGAACUCGAGCUGGCCGGAGAGUACGCGAAAUGGGAUCAAAGACAACCCAGGCAAGCAAGACACAUACGCACAAAGGGGAAGGACUACGGCAUGCUGCGAGAAAUCACCAAUUUAUGGAUGGAUGGAGAUAGGCCUGGAAAAAUGGCCGGGGAACGGAAAGGGACAAUUGGUUUGGGUGGGGCGCAAUUUGUGGAAAAGAUGAGGACGAAAUUUGCGGAAACGAUGGGGACUAUUCUCGAAAGGGACGGGGUGGGGGAGAGUCUGGAUGACUUGGCUGGGGUAGAUGCUGAGGAAAAGACGACUAGUUCCGAGAAUAAAUGGCGGGCCAAAAAUUUAGAUGGGUCUUCAAUGCGGCGGAAGGGAAGUAUUGGUGAUGGUGAUAAGAUUGAGCACCUCAAGUUUGAGAGUAAGAAAAAAUGGGCGAAGAAUGAGGACAACGAGAAGGGUCGACGGACUAAAAACGAGAUAGAGAAGAAAAACCAUGACAAGAGGGGGAAGGGCUUCAGCAAUGCAAGGAGGACAACGAGAAGGGGUGGCGGUUUAGAGCGAGAUAGAGAAGAAACACUAUGACAAGAGGGGGAAGGGCUUUAGCAAUGCAGGGUCAACGCUGACUAAUAACGAGAGCGUGGAAGAUAGUAAUAGUGAAAGAGUUAGUGGUAAUAGUUUGGAAAAUUUAGAGUGGAACAAAUAUGAUUGAGAACGAGAAACAAGCUAAGCACGGGUUGGAUAGUGAUGACGAGGACAGAAGAUAACAAUCGGACGAACUGGACAAGAAUGACUCUAAGGGUAGAAAGAGGGCUAAUACCAAGAGGACGAAUACCAAGGGGUCUGGUAAGAGUAGUGACUCAGAUAUCGCGGGCACAAAGUCAGUGAUCAGCAUACUGUAUAGAGCAUGCUGUAUAGAGCAUGCUGUAUGAAGCAUGCUGUAUAGAGCAUGCUGUAUAAAGCAUGCUGUAUAGAGUAUUUUGUAUAGAGCAUGGUAUAGUAUGUCUGGCAAUGCCGACAAGACGCCGAAGACUGCACGUGUCGCGUUUACACACAUAUGCAGCGAAGCAUGCACAUGCAUAUGCAGCAAAGCAUGCACAUACACUCGCGCACAUGUUUUGUGCAUAUAUUCAUGCAACUGAGUUCAUAGUUCAGGCCGCAUUCAAUCGCUGCUGGUCAAGGAACUAGAGCUUGCAUGUUGUUUGAACCUGUGCAGACGCCCUGGUCGAAAGCGAAAGCUCCGAUACCACUGUCAUGUUCUUUUGAGGGCGAGGAGGGGGGGGGGGCUGAAAUGGGCAAAGCGAAUAUCGUCGAGUCUCGGCACUGUGUGUCUGUUUGGCGUCCGCUAAUGAUUUUUCGCGACCUCAGGUAACGGGACAGGCCAUUCCCAUGGAUUUAUAGUAUGGAUUAAAGGGGUGUUGUAACCUUCUCAUAAGAGACAAUAUUAUAUUCUCCUCGCUACUAUACAGUGCGACACUGUAGGCCUGGCCAUGCAGCACAUGCCACUGUGGCGCCCGUAUGCAUGUGAUGGAGUGGGUUUAUAGAGCCUGACCUGGUCUAUGUGCCGGUAAUGGUGUAGGGUUUAAGGUUUAGGGUUCAACCGCUGAUCUGUUUUCGGAGUAUUCCGGGUGCACACCGCAUCGAACCACGGCAUUGCAAAUGCGUUGCAAUCGCCCAGAAUUAACGACUUGAGAAGCUCUAGUCGCCCAUAACAGGUCUGGUAGUGGAAUGCCAUAAAAUAGUACAACUGCGACACGAAUGUCUGAAUGUGUCAAAUUAAAAAAGUAUAUUCGUCCG